GGCGACGACACCUGAACAAAGCCAAAAAUCACCGCCUUCGCGGGCCGCGAAGGCUGGGAGGAGUACUGUAUGUCGUCUGCGUUUAUAUAUAGGUGUCUAACUCAGCACAACCGUCGCAAUGGGUGUUCAAGGGAAGAACGUAGAGGCUAUGGAGGUCGAGGUUACAAACUCCGAGACGACCAACGCGGAAAACGAAGUUGGAGACAAGAAGGAUGUCGAUCUUGUUACGAUUCAUGAUCUUCGCGAGCAUACGAGACAAAUCGAGAAGGCCGUGGCCAGCAAAGAGCCUAGAUUCAUCCUUAGAGCUCUGAGAGCACUGCCCAACACAAGACGAAAACUUAAUCCUAUCGUCCUGCGUGGCAUCAUCGGCGGCUUCUACAUGAAGUCUUCGCCCGAUAAAGAAGCUCUGCUGGCUUGGGUCGAAGAGCCCAUGGAUAUGGAAGGCACCCAAGCCGCUAUUCAGAGGUUUAGAAGCUCUGCCACUCCAUUGUUGCCAGAGAUUGAUGCGUACAUUCAUUUGUUGAUUCUUGUGAGAUUGAUUGAUACCAAAAAGUACGUUGAAGCAGUUCAGUGUUCUGAGGCUCUCAUGCAGAAGAUUAUGGCCCAAAAUCGCAGGACUAUUGAUUUAAUUGCUGCCAAGUGUUACUUUUACCACUCAAGAGCUUACGAAUUGACAGAUCAGUUGGAUAAGAUUCGUGGCUUUUUGCAUCUAAGAUUGCGAACAGCUACUUUGCGCAAUGAUUUCGAGGGACAGGCUGUUUUGAUCAAUUGCCUAUUGAGAAAUUAUUUACACUACAAUCUUUAUGAUCAGGCUGACAAGUUGGUGCUAAAGUCAACUUUUCCAGAGACUGCUAGUAAUAACGAGUGGGCGCGUUUUUUGUAUUACCUGGGUAGAAUCAAGUCUGCUAGAUUAGAAUAUUCUGCUGCACAUAAGCAUUUGGUGCAGGCGCUACGCAAAGCACCGCAAACCACUGCUGUUGGGUUUAGGCAAACAGUCCAGAAGCUUGCUGUCACUGUCGAGUUGUUGCUAGGUGAUAUACCAGAAAGACAAAUUUUCCGACAGGCAGCUCUAAGAAAAGCUCUGUCGCCUUAUUUUCAGCUCACACAGGCUGUGAGGCUUGGAAAUCUGCAACGUUUUGGUGAAGUACUAGAGAACUUUGGACCACAGUUCAGAUCAGAUCAUACUUUUACUUUGAUUUUAAGAUUAAGACACAAUGUCAUCAAAACUGCUAUACGUUCCAUUGGGCUUUCCUACUCUCGUAUAUCUCCUGCAGAUAUUGCCAAAAAAUUGGGUCUUGAUUCUGGAGUAGAUGCAGAAUUUAUCGUGGCCAAGGCUAUCAGAGAUGGUGUCAUUGAAGCCACACUUGAUCCAGAAAAUGGAUACAUGAGAAGUAAAGAGACUACAGACAUUUACUGCACCAGAGAGCCUCUUCUUGCUUUUCAUCAGAGAAUAACAUUCUGCCUGGAUUUACACAACCAGAGUGUCAAAGCAAUGAGAUACCCGCCCAAAUCUUAUGGUAAGGAUCUUGAAUCAGCUGAAGAGCGCAGAGAAAGGGAGCAACAAGACUUGGAACUGGCCAAGGAAAUGGCUGAAGAGGAUGAUGAUGGAUUUCCUUAAACUGGAAGAUACUAAACAACCGUCAAAACUUGAUUUCUAAGAAAUUUUAUUGUUUCAUUAUAUCUAUAACUGUUGUACACUAAUGGUAAUUGAGUAUUUUUUGAAGCUCACAAAAUAAACUCUUUAAUAUACAUAGAA